CCACGACAAGUCACGGGGAACCGUGCGCCUCGGCCGCCUAGAAUGGUUAUGUGCAGGUCAACGUCUCCCCUCCACACGGCGUUGAACUUUGAAGGAGGAAGACUAGCUGUUCCUGUCGACCGUUCUGGCCAUGCCGAAAGUAACGUCGCCUCGUUUACCUUUGUCUGGCCUCUUUGCGAUAUAUAAACCCUCGGGGCCGACGUCUAUGUCAGUCCUUGAAGAUAUUAAAAAGCUGAUUUGCCAAUCUCCCCUUUUCGUGGAAAGAGAAAAACUAGAAACCCAGCAAGGCAGGCGGCAUGGAAAAGGGAAAAGAGCAAAAGAUAGAGUCAAGAUAGGUCAAGGGGGAACACUCGAUCCUCUCGCAGACGGUGUACUGGUGAUUGGUGUGGGUAAGGGCACCAAGCGAUUGAACGAGUUUCUGGAUUGUGUCAAGGAGUAUCACACAACCGCGCUCCUUGGUUGCGAAACGGACUCCUACGAUAGUGAAGGCGCGCAAGUACGGGUUGCUCCGUGGCGACAUAUUACCAAAGAAGUAGUGGAGACCAUGCUGGAAAGGUUUAGAGGUGAAAUAUACCAGACUCCUCCUAUCUUCUCUGCCCUAAAAAUGGAUGGAAAACCGCUCUACGAAUAUGCUCGUAGUGGUACACCAUUGCCUCGCCCUAUAGAGAAAAGAAAGGUUAUCGUGCAUUCACUCGAGCUAGUGAGUUGGCUAGGAAGUGACCACAACUAUCGAUGGCCAGAAAAGCAAUUCACCAUCGGGGAGAAGGAAGCCAUGGCGAAAGCUUUAGGAUCUGUGGAGAAGGGCCCCGUUGUCGGGGAUGAACCAGAUCCAACUAGUGACCGACCACCGGCGGCGUUUGCGCUGAGCAUGAAGGUGUCCGGAGGAACAUAUGUACGCUCCAUAGUUCAUGAUCUAGGACACGCCCUGGGCUCCGCCGCUCAUGUCGUCACUCUCACGCGGCUGCGCCAAGGACGUUUUACAACAGAAGCCCCGGAAAGCGAACAAGACAAGAGUUGUGUACCUUGGGAAGUGUUCGAGAGGGCCAAAGAAAACGAGGGUGAAGGUGAUGAAAGUGGCUACAGAGAAUGGGAGCGAGAAGUCCUUGAUCGGUUUGACAUAGUCGAAGGCAAAAACCAAACUCAAGACGUUCCUUAAUUCACGCGACCUCUUUGAGGUCUGUGUGCCAGACAAACUGGGUGCCAUUGCCCGUCACUAUUGUAGGGUGACCUUGCAGGGGAGAGCUGUUUUGAUGCAAAUUUCUAUGCACAUUUGGUGUUGCCAGUUAGUGGAAUGAAAACGGGAGGAGUGAAUCUGUCACAUGCGAACAACAGUUAAGGUCUAGCCACAAAAUUACGCGAAUACAGACAGACGAUGGGAUGUCAACUGAUCCACGAUAAGAAUGUGAGC